CCGCGUUCGACAUGGCUGAUUUGGAGCGCAUAAGGCUGGUUAUUCUAGGCGGCGCCGGUGUCGGCAAAAGUUCCAUCAUCAAACGUUUUCUUUUCAAAACCUACACAGACAAAUAUCGCGCAACCGUGGAGGAUCUCUUCAAUCGGGAAUACGACUUGGGCGGUGUUACCUUAAAGGUUGACAUCUUAGACACAUCCGGCGAUAUGCAAUUUCCCGCCAUGCGACGUCUGUCCAUUGCCACCGCCCAUGCGUUCAUGCUGGUCUAUGCGUCAACAUCGGCGGCAAGUUUUCAAUGUGUCAAACAGUGUUUCGAAGAGAUACGCGAACAGCGCGCAGACUAUCAGGACAUUCCUAUUGUAAUCGUCGGCAAUAAAUCCGAUUUGGCCAAUACACACAGGGAGGUUAGGCUGGAAGAAGUCACAGACUGGGUGUACUGCGAAUUGCCACGAUUAAGGGCGAAAGUGCUGGAGUGCUCUGCCAAGGAGGAUCACAACGUGACUGACCUUUUCAAAACGUUGUUGUCACUGUCGCGAUUUCUACCCGUCGGGAGCAAUAAUGACGGCACAAGUGGACUGAAGCGGCGCUCUUCGGCAUAUGUUAGCGCAUCGUCAAGUAGAA